AUGGCAGCUCAUGACAUGGUUUGUGGUGGUGUCAGACGCAGAAUUGGAAAUGGAAAAACAACCCAGAUUUGGGAUCACCCAUGGUUACAGGACAAGCAAGACCCAAUGAUUCAUACGGAUAAACCCCCCUACCUGAAUAAUGCAACCGUUAUGGGGUUAAUUGAUCAUGAGACACAAACCUGGGACCCGGAUAUUUUGACAGAUAUUUUUAUCCCUACAGAUGUAGCUCGAAUAAGGAAGAUUCCAAUAUCACCAGAAUAUGAAGAUAUGUGGUAUUGGCAUGGAGACCAAGGGGGAAACUAUACUGUGAAAAGUGGCUACAAAGCGGUUGUGGGUGAUCUCAAUGAUAAUAUGGACACUAAUCAAAUCAUUCACGCAGCUGCAAUCUUAUAUUACAUUUGGAAGGCCAGAAACGGAGCGGUAUGGGAGGCUUGCCUACCACGACCACAGAAAAUACUAGCUUCGGCCAGAUCCACGGUACUUGCAUGGCAACAUAUCCACCCAAACCAGGCGCCCCACCGGGCUGUAGCACAGCAACAUGCCACUGCCACUGCCGUGUUACAGCAGCAGCAGCGGAACACGGCUACUGCCGUGUUACACCAGCAGCAACACGACACACAGCAGCAACAUGGCGUCACUGCUGCCGUGCUACAACAACAAGAACACAGCAGCAUAGCUGCUGCCGUGCUACAGCAGCAGGAGUACGAAACUGCAGCAGAUUAUGGAAUUAUUGCCCAGGACGGAAUUUCGCAGCCAAUCCAGUAUACGCCAGUCCGAAAAUGCUACUUCGACGCUGGUUUUUCGCCCAUCACUGGAAAAGCCACGGUAGGUGCAAUCUUGAUCAGCGAGGAGGGAGAAUAUAUCUCGGCAUUCAGUGCACCAUUAUCGGACUGUUUCUCCCCACUCAUGGCUGAAGCGCUAGCAUGCAAAGAAGCCUUGUCUUGGUUAUGGAAUCGUGGGGAACGAUCUAUACGCUUGUUCACGGAUUGUUUAACAUUGAAGCAAUACCUGUCAAAUGCAAAUGUCUUACUACGAACGUACGUUGGCUAUGCCGUAGAUGCUUGCAGAGCACGCAUCACCUCAUUUAAUUACUGCCCAGUUAUUUUUAUUCCUAGAUCAGAGAACUAUUUAGCUCAUAGUUUAGCUGCAUCAGCUUUUAUUUACUCUACUGUUAUGUAUUCGGACGAUGUCCCCCCAAACUCUAUUUCAGAGUACUUUGAAUAA